AUGAGUGAAAAAGUUAAAGCUGCUGUAGUACCAGCAAAAGGCGCUGAACUAGAAAUCCAAUUGGUUGAUAAACCUGUUCCAAAAUCAUACGUUUAUGAUGAAUCCUCUGGAGAAAGAGGCGAAUUACUUGUCAAGGUCAAAGCUAUUGCUUUGAAUCCUAUUGAUUGUAUUCAAGUAGAAUCGGGAUUACUGGUUGAUGGAUAUCCUGCAAUUCUCGGUUGUGAUGUUGCCGGUAUCGUAGAAGCUGUUGGUGAGGGUAUUACUGAGUUUUCUCCAGGUGAUGAAAUUUUUGGGUGUAGCAAGAUGGGACUUCCCGGUCAUUACGGUGCAUUUGCCGAGUAUACUUUACUUGAUGCAUCAACUACUUUCAAGAAACCACCACACAUUACUUUCGAAGAAGCUGCAACUUUUCCCGUUGGUUCGCUUACAGCGGGGCUUGGCUUAUUCGAUUCAUUAAAAUUACCACCUCCUUCUGAAGGAAUCAGUCGGUUCCAAGAAGAAUUUAUCUUGAUUUGGGGUGGUGCUUCUUCCGUUGGCUCAAAUGCCAUUCAGCUUGCGGUUAAUUCAGGACUCACAGUUAUUACAACCGCAUCGCCUAAAAACCAUCAAUAUCUUAGAGAAAUAGGCGCAGCUUACACUUUUGACUACAAUGCUCCUGACGUAAUUGAUCAAAUCAAAGAAGCCAGUCAAAAUCGAUUGAAAUAUGUCUUUGAUACUGUUGGCAGUAAAACCGCUUCUUUAGGUGCAAAAGCUUUAAGUAAAAAUGGUAAAAUUGUAUGUAUCAAUUUUGAGCCUGUAGAGACAAGAGAAGAUGUUGAAGUUACACGAGUAGCCCUUGCUUCUGCAUAUAGACGUCCUAAUGAUUACCUUAAAGUUACCAAUAGAGUUUUAAAGGAGGUUGAAGCUUUGUUGUUUCAGGAAAGACUUAGACCAUCUAAUGUUUCCAUUUUGCAAGGUGGAAUUGAUGGUCUUCCUCUAGCACUGGAAAAAAUGAAAAAAGGAAAUAACAGUCAUCGCAAGCUACAGUAUUUGCACGAAGCGGAAAGACAAAGAAUUAUUUUUCAUAUUGCUUAUUCAAUUGUCAUAUCGAUGAGUGACAAAAAAGGUGGUUGGCAUUAUUUCAUGAAAAUAUG